GUUUGUUCCCCGUUGAGGAGGGAAUGCAGCGUGAUGACUGCAAAAAGUGGUACCAAAAAAUGUGUACAUGCCUAAGUCCGAUGGCAUACAAAAGAUGCUCGAAGCCUAACUCGCAUUGGCUUUGUAUGUUCUGCUGUACGGAUAAAAAGGUACUAAUUCAGGAGGCUAUGGGUCUAUUGGCUUUGGCCUACAAGAAAAACGAUGACACAUGCGCCGACAACACCGGCACUGACAGUGACGGUUGUGUCAGUGUAGUACCUGCUGUUACGCGACGCCUCAAACAACCGACUCUGACCGACACAAAAGUGAGAUCGCCGUUAACAUUAACAAGGGGAGUAAUACCACCUGGUACUGACAUUGAUAACAAUGCACCUUUAGUGGGAACCGACGAACUGGAUAAAACCAUCACCGUUCCAAAUAGUUCCAAUGUCCUGAGGGAUGAAAAAUAGACUACGGUACGUAGGAAACGAAACGAAAGGAAAAAAGCUGUAGGCAGUACACAGGUAGUUAGUAACUCACUGAUGGACUCUCAUUGUGAGUCACAUACUGCACUACCAAAAUCUGAUGGUAAAAGUGACAGAAGAAAAAUCAAAUAACAGCUAAAACUAAUGACUGUUUACU